AUGGGGACUUUUAGGAAUGUGGCCCUCUUCGUGCUGGGCAUCUCCUUCAUGGUCUUUGUCGCCUUCUUCGGCCGGCUACCGGCUUUGAGGCAUACACCGAUCGCAACACUGCACAGGGUCAUGUGGAUUCAUAUCCCGAAUGGCUUCCUAGCCGUAGACAGACUCCUGACAGGAGGAAGGUUCUCAACCUCCAUGAUGCGCUUCGGCAACUACAUGAUGCAUGAUCGGCAUCCCACUGUAGUCGUCUUCUUCCUUCUCAUUCUCUCCGUGUCGGAAUACUUGUACCUCCCCGGCGCUUGGCCCCAGCUCCCCCUCUUCCAUAAAAUCACCGGACCCAUCGUCAUCUUCCUCCCCUACCUCUUCCUCUACCUCUCCGUCAUGGCCGAUCCGGGCUACAUCACACCCGAGAAUCACGCCUACUACAUGUCCCUCUAUCCCUACGACUACUCUAUCUUCUUCCCCGGCCAGAGGUGCAGCACCUGCAACCUCAUCAAGCCGCCCCGCUCCAAGCACUGCAGCAUAUGCAAGCGCUGCGUCGCCAAGCUUGACCAUCACUGUAUCUUCAUCAACGGCUGUGUCGGCUAUCAGAACCAGCACUACUUUGUCCUGCUCUUGCUGUCUACGGCCAUCCUUACUUCCUACGGCGCCCUGCUCGGCUUCUCUCUGCUGUCUGGCAAGAUCGGCUCGCAGUACCCAACUUGGUCUAUCUGGCCGCCAAAGGGCAUGGAGGUCAAGGAGUACCUGCUCAUCUGGAGUUGGGCUCUGCAAGAUAAUGUCGGCAUGGGCGCCGUCACCCUGCUCGCUACCAUGACGUCGCCUCUGGUCUGGGGUCUGCUGAGCUACACCGUUUGGCUGAUUUACUGUGGCACCACGACCAACGAAUCGCUCAAGUGGUCGGACUGGAAGGCCGAGAUGGACGACGGCUGCGCCUUUAAGCGGAGCAUGCCCGCGAACCGCGUAAAGGACACGCGUUUCGAGCCGGAGCGGACGCGCUGGCCUCUAGAUGCCCAGCAGAUAUUGGCGAGGACCGACGACGGAAUGUCACCCCCGGAUCACGGGCCGGGCGUGGGUGAGUGGGAGCGCGUGUGGAAUUUGAAGGAUGUUGAAAACCUAUACGAUCUGGGUCUGUGGGAUAAUCUGGCAGACAUCUUUGUCUCCGACUACGACUUCAACGUCAAGCGCGAUCAGCCGUCUGUGGAGACCCUGGACGGCAGAGGCACGCACCCAAAUCUUAAGCCUUCUAGCCAUACUACUAGAUCAGAGGGAUUUGACGCAUAG